CUAAAUUAAAAACACAAAAAAAUGACAGUGGAACAAAUAGUUUAAUUUGUGAUGAAAUUGUUUUACCGAGUGAAAAAUAGUUGAAACGGGUAAAAACAGCUUCGAUAAUCAUGGAAGCCGUUCCAAAAUUACCUAUGAUAAGUUUUGAGCUGAAGGUGAGCCACGAGAACACGCAUUUUGGACCAAAAUUGAAACAGUACAUCGCGGAAGCUUAUAGGGAGGAUCCGGACAGCUAUAGCAAUGAGAUCCAUCAGCUGGAAGGUCUGCGGUCAGUGGCCGUACGACCUACUAUUGAUUCUGCUGGUUUGAGUGCCCUCAUCAGGUACUUUUGCCAGCUGCGAUCGCUGCAAAGCCGUUUCCCCAUGUCUAAAGGUCAACCUGCGGCGUGUUCCUUCAGCUGGAAAGACUUGUAUGCCAAUAUGAACAGAACACUAGCAGACAUAAGAUUUGAAAUGGCAAGCAUCCUAUACAAUGUAGGGGCACUUCUCACUCAACUUGGAGCUUCAGAGCCAAGGAACACAGCAGACAGCCUCAAGGCAGCUUGCACCAACUUCCAGCACGCUGCGUGGGUGUUCCAGUACUUACGGGAACAGUUACCGCAGCCAUCCGGAGUGGAUGUAUGUUCUGAAAUCAUGAGGAUGAUGCAGGAGAUUUGUUUUGCUCAAGCACAGGAGUGUAUUCUUGAGAAAAGUAUUCAGGAUACAAGGAAACCUAGUGUUGUUGGUGCUGUAGCAACUCAAGUGAUGUACUUUUACAAAAAUUCCCUCGCGUUCUUGGGCCCAUCUUCAGGCAUUGAUGUGGUCCAUGAGAUUAUUGGCACCAAGUUGUACAACUACUGGCACAGAUACCUCUCGUUCAAGUUCUCUUAUAUUGGCUGUGUUGUCUGCUUGUACCAAGGAAUGAAUGCCGAAGAACAGCAGAAGAUGGGCGAGCGAGUAGCCUUCUACCAGCAAGCUGUGGAGAAAUUAGCAGAUGCAAGGAAGCUAGCCAAGUACAUUGAACCGACACAAGUAACGCAGGAAGCUCUCACGUUCACCAAUGACGUGGUUGAAGGGAAGAGGAAAGCAGCUAAGAAUGAAAAUGAGUUUAUAUACCAUGAGGAAGUUCCAGAGAAGGAUUUGCUUUCUGAUAUGAAGCCCGUCUGCCUCGUGAAGGCUCUGCCGAUUAAUUUUAAUGAUCCUGAGGUGUCAGGUACGGACGUGUUCUCCCGCCUGGUCCCGAUGAUGGCCCACGAGGCGUCGUCCGUGUACUCGGAGGAGAAGGCGCAGAUGUUGCGCGGUAUCGUCAGUAUGGUGGAGGCCAAGAAUACGGAGCUCACAGAGUUCAUGUCCUCCCUGCAACUAGACCAGUUGGAUGUCAUCGACUCUGUUCAGAAAGUGCCACAAGAGAUCGUGGACCGCUGCGCCGCUAUGAACGCCAAGUCUGAGAUCAUUCAGACGUUGGUGGACUCAAUGAACAACCUCGCUGAAAUCAUCAGCGACGUCGAGGAAGCCUUGAGCGAGAUUAAGGAAAUUAUACAGGAGGAGAUAACGAAAGAGAAAGAGUUCCAGAAAGUGACGGGUCCCCGUCCCCCGUCCAUCAUCCAGACAGAGCUGUCUCGCGAGUACCACAAGUACCAGGAGGCCCACUCCCGCACCAACGAGUCCAACCAGGUGUUGCACAAAGCUAUGACGCUGCAUAUUGCCAACCUGCGACUGUUGGCUCAGCCACUCGACCAGCUCGCUGCUAAGAUACCCAGCAUUGAUAAUAUCGUGGGUCUAGACCGCGAGACGAUGGCGGAGAUGCGUCGCGUGGUGGGCAAAGUCCGCGAGAUGCAGACCCAGCGCGACUCGCUCGUGCAACAACUGCGGGAGGCAGUCACCAACGACGACAUCACCUCGCAACUACUCGCACGGAACAACGAGCCCAAGGAGGAGAUAUUCAAACAGGAGCUCAAGAAACAUACGCCAACGAUUCAAAUAAUAGAGGCUAACCUGGCAGCGCAGGAGAAUAUAAUAAACAAGUUGACGUCAGUGUACGCGGCGUACGGAGACUCCAGGCGACUGCUGUCUGAUGUACUGAGGAAACGAGAGGGACUUAUUAAUGCACUAAUAACUUCAUACGAUUCGUACACGGAGUUGCUGGGCAAGUCGACGAAGGGGUUGGAGUUCUACAAGAAGUUGUCCCACAACGUGACGGCGCUGCUGGCCCGGCUGCGGGCCACCGCGCAGGUACAGGGCGAGGAGAGGCAACAACUUGUCAAUGCUGCUAAUGAGAAGGCAUCGACUCCGACCCCAGCAUCCAGUCCGUCGUCGGUCCGCGUCCCCGAGCCCCUGCCCGGGACCGUACCGCCGGCCGCCGGCGCCGGCAGGAAGCUCAAGGACUACCUGCCGUAUAUGAAGAACCGGACCGGACGGACUGCUACACCGCAAGCGCCAGUGGACCCUAUUCCUCUGGAUUCCUACUAUCCUGACGGCAUGUAUCCCACUUCCGUACGACCUACACCGGUCGGCUCUGAAGCUACAGACGCAAGUCAGAUGCAGUUACCAGAUGGAGUGGUAAUGCCACAGCUACAAGCCGUGCCCAGUCCGUACGACCGCUACCUGUACGGUCCGACUGACGCCGACCCGUACAAUAUCCCCUCUAACUACCUCUUCCCAGCCACAAGCAAGUUUGAGAAACCACAAGAAGACCAUAACUACGGCUACACAGCAUACACACCGGCUCAAUUUUCAGCUAAUUCUUCUGAACAGCAAAUAUACUCGAACCCUUAUUACUCCAAUUCUUACGGUCAGCACAAUACUACCGUGGUCACAGACUCGCAAAACUUCUCCAAUGUGAGUCAUAAUGUGCCCAACCAGGGUUACGAGCCCUACAUAAACCCGAUGGGUCCUAUACCAGAGUCGUCCCUGUCAGCUGCCUCCGCCUACAGCUCGGCGAACCAAACCGAUAUGAUCGCGAACUUUGCACAAAUGCAGGUGUCCGUACCGAAGUCUGAACCAGAGUAUGGCGCGGAUUAUACGCAGACCUUCUACAGCGUACAGUACCCUAACGUGUCUACCCCGGGUUCCGCCGCAGCGUACACCAAUGCGCCGCAGAACUCGAGCACGAGCCUCACUCAGUCUCAGAUUAACUCUGAGUACAGUUCGCUGAACUACCCGUACAGUAACGAGUCCACGCAGUACAGCCAGCAGGUCCCGGUGACGUCGGCCGACGUGGGCUACAACUACUCCACUACGUUCGCGUCGACCUCCCAGGGCUACACGUACACCAACGCCAUCACCUCCACCACGUCCAGCAUCGCCAACUCUAGCCAGCUGCCAUACUCCUACCCGUCUGAAGUGGACUCCACAUACAAUCCAGCUCUGUCUCAGUUUGACGCCUUCGACAAACCGAUAAAGUCUCACACGACUGGUGAAGCUCUCUCCAACUCCAGCUUCCAACCAUCGUACCAGAACUACAGCUCUACCGCAACCAACUACUCCAGCCAACCAGAGCCGUAUCACCCAACCAGUACUUAUGGUUAUGUUGACCAAACCAACCCUAGCUACGCGCAGUCCUUCCAGAACCAUCCGGGCUACAACUUCAACUCUGCUACAGGGAACUAUGAGUAUAAUUUUGGAUCACAAAAUUCUUUUUCUGGCUUUGAUAACACUGUGCCAGACAAUGCGAACUACCAGCCGGCGGAGAAGGACCAGGCUUGGGGCCAGCAAGCUAUAUACACGAGCGCUGGCAAGAUUGGCACGUGUGAGACUGUACAGUCUCCUACUGACAGCUCACAGAUAGUGCCACAAAUGCCUGCGCAGCAACAAGUGCCUUCGCAGCACCAAAUUCCCGCACAGCAACAAUUACCCGGACAGCAACAAGUGCCUGGACAACAACAAUUACCCGGACAGCAACAAGUGCCUGGACAGCAACAAGUGCCUGGACAGCAACAAGUGCCCGGACAGCAACAAGUGCCCGGACUGCAACAAAUUCCUUCGCAGCAAAAUAUGCCCGGUCAGCAUCAAGUGCCCACACAACAACAAGUGCCUGGGCAGCAAUCCAUUGACUCUCAGAUCUACUACAACAGUGCUUACGGGUACCAGGCGGCCACUACACCUUCUCAGGAGGCGUCAGACCUUCAGCUCGCCAAUAACUACGUACCCAACCUAAACCAAGCGGGGUACGUGACGUCACACACUAACCAGACAGGGUACGCUGCGAACAAUGCAAACCAGACUGAGUAUGUAGCGAGCAAUGCGAACCAGGUGCAAUACGUGCCUUCUAACACCAGCAUCAACAGCCAGGCCGGGUACAUGACACCCAACACGAACCAACCAGGGUACAUGGACGCUAACACCAGCCACACAGGAUACGUGCAGUCUCCGCAAGACCACCACGUCCCGUACAAUAACAGUCAAGUGCCGACAGAGAAUCAGAGUGUUAACGAACAAAAGUUAGAGAGUAAUACUAACGUAGAUAGUCAAGCUACGAGUGAUGAACAGACAGUACCGGAGAAGGCGGCGGUUGAAGUUCAUAAGACUCCAGAGGUCAAGUCUGAGUUGACAGCCUUCGAUCUCUUGUCCGAUAUAGAUUUUUCAGUAGAACAAACUCCUUUAAUGCCGGAGAUUAAGGUCCCACAGAUAUCUGAAAGUGCUAUCCGGAAGCCUGUAGCCCCUAAAAUUGAGCCCGAGAAGAAGGUCCCAGUAAAGGAGGAGGCUAUUGAGAGACCUGCGAAAAGGGACCUGUUCUCUGACCCUAGUUUGCUGAACAAGUUUACUCAGGAAGUGAAGAACUUGCAGAAAUUGACUGAUUCGUUGACUGAUAAGUCGCCGAGUGGUUUGACUGUGUUAGACGCUAAAUGGAAGUCCUUCCAAGAUUUCCAGACGAAGCAGAACAUGACCAGGUCCAAGACCAUAGCGAUGCAGCAUACCAACGGCAACAUAGUGACGGAGGUUGUGCCUUUCGAUGACUCCCGCCUCACUCUCAAGUCUGAUCCCGACGCCUUCAUCAACGCCUCUUAUUAUAAGCAACUAGCCCCAUGGUGCAUUCCACUAGUGAUAUCGAAGAACCCGACCGAGUCUGAGUACGGAGUAUUCUGGAAAGCAGUAUUAGAGAAUAAAAUUAGCUGUAUUGCUUGUUUGCUGAGUGAAAUCGAGAUGCAAGGGAAGACCUACUGGCCGACAGCUAAAGGCCAGUCCUUGGAGCUGUCCGGUCUGAAGGUGACAUUGGACGAGGUGACGUGCACCGUGCACUGGACGGAGAGGAAACUGACCGUGGCCAGCGGGAAGACUGUACUCAAUGUCACACAUUACCAGAUCAAUGUGUGGCCUGCUAAGAUCGUAUGCUCUCCCCUGGUGCUGCUGGCAGACAAGAUCCUGAGCCAGACGUACGACAACAGGCUGUCGAACCAGUUGUGCGGGGGGUGGCUGCAGUGCGGGGCGGGGGCCGGCCGCAGCGCCGUGCUGGCGCUGCUCAUUGCCGCCAUGUGCCAGGUCCGGGCUGGACAACUCGAACUCUGUGACAUGUUAGACGCGGCCUGCCUGAACCUGUACACACAUCGGAGCAACGUGUUGGAAGACACCAAGUACCUGGCGGACGCCUACAGAACUGCUUUGUUCUACGUGCAGGGAGUUCUGUGUUCUGGUACAACAAUGUUCAACGGCGAGGCGGUGUCCCUACCAUCAGGAGCAGCAGUGCUGCCCCCUGUAACUCCUACGCCAACGAACGCUUCCACCGCUAGCCAGAAAACUACGAAAUUCUCCCGCGAAUCCUUCGAAGAGAUGAAACAAUCCCCAGGGUUGAAGAGUGGAGACAUGAAGGAUCCUCUCAACUUCCUCGACCCUCUCUGGAGUCUCAAAAAGAAGUGAGGUGCUGUCCCUUAGUCGUUUCAAACGAUUUAGUGGUUUAUGACGUCAGGAGUCAGUGAUACUCAACCUUCGGGCCGCACUUUGGAUCUCAGGAAGUAGUGAAGUAUUGAAAAGAACAGUUAGCUUGUCUUGCGGCCCUUGAUAAUGUAAGGUUGAGUACCUCUGUAGAUAGAGCAUUGGACAAAAUUAUGGUAAUUGUGAUUCUCUUUCUCAAACACGAAGUGCCGAUUGUUUUUGAAACGUUAUUUUAGAAUAAAUGCUAUUGCGUGUUUCUUAUAAAAUUAAAAUUCCGUGGUGUCUACAAGGACGAAAUAGAAUAUUCAAAUUGUAGGUAGAUAUUCAUGUUAUUAAAUAGGUUUUAUAACAUAAAAUAAUUCCACGUUUAUUAUUAUUUAUUUCAUAUUAUUCUGUAGAUAGAGUUUUAUUGUAAUUCGCAUUUAAUUUGACAUUAGCAUAUCGCAAUUAUAAUGUAUGGAGUUUGUACCUUGUUGCAAAUCGAUAACACGAAGAAAUCAAAAGAUUUUCAGUUCUUUCCAAGGAUUAAAGAUAUCAACAUAUUAUUAAUUAUCAGUGGAGUAGAUAUUAAAAAGAAAUUAUGUGAAACCCCUGUUAAUAUGUGUAAACAAUUAAAUAUACAUAAUAAUAAUAUACGAGUAUAUAUCUACUUAUGCAUCUAAAUAAUAUGCAAAGUGCGAUUUUGUCACAAUUUCACCGAAUUUCCCAAAAGUAUUAUUUUAUUGUAUUAAAUAGGACUUUGUAUUAUGUAUUUCUUGAACAAUCUUAGUUAUUAAAUUAAUUAGAUAACACGGCUUACUCACGUAACUGUUCGAGUUUGUUCAACUAGUUUCGAACCGCAACCGGGGUUCAUAAACAAGAGUAGCAUGACGUCAUCGCUCAGUUCAUAGCAAUGUCAGUGAGCUGUAUUAUCUAAUUAAAUUAGUAUGACUUGCAAUAGGCAGACAGCAACUAUAAAAUAAAUCUUGAGUUUAAUAAGUUUCAUAGUUCUCAUUAGUUUGAAAAACUGAAGGGAUCAACAUUUUCAUUUGCAAAAAUGUCCGUCGAAACAUUUACAAAAUUGUUAUGGUAUUAUAAUAUUGAUCUUUCUAAAGGUUUAUGGUGCAAGUUUUAAGUAUUUAUCAAAAUAAUUUUAGGUAUAAAGAAACAUUUAUUUGAAUUGUUUAUGGUGAUUGAUGCACGUGUCAUUUUAUUCUCAGCCUUGUGCCAUUAAAAUAAAAUCCAUAUCUCUCUAUCUUACCUCUGAAGUGAAUAAAGUUUUAUGCAUUUUGAUCAAAAUAUAAGUUUUAGGGAUUGAUAUUUAGAAGAACUGAUUUUGUAUUACCCGAGAAUUGUUAGGCGUGUUAUUUUUCAUACAUCUGUACCCUUAGUACAAGUUUGCUUUAUGUUUAAAGUUCGGCGCUCUGAUUGGUUGGUUUAUUCAAGCCGGCCAAUCAGAGCGCCGAACGCGCUCUCGUUUCGUUUUCGUUCAACGUAAAGCAAAUUUAUAGUAAAGGUAACUGACUUACUGAGCAAUUAUAGAAUUUGUCAGAUAGUAUUCAGUAUAUGUAUGUAUUUCUAUAGGUCUUUGGUAUUAUUUAGCACAACAGAGUAUUGGUAAAAAUAUUACAUUCCUUGUUUUAUUUUACUUUAGAUUUAAAUAACAUUAAAUGAUGUAAUUUCUAUGUAAUUCUUAAAAGUUUAAAUAAUGUUGGUAUUUUCAAUCGAAUUUGAACCUUGCACUACUGAGAUAGUAAGCAAUAGCCAAGCAGCACCACAGAUAUCAAUAUUGUCAAUUUUAUAGUUUUUGUAUCUAGUAACUAAUUAUUAAAGCAGCUUAAUGAAAUGGUCGAACAUUGUUAUUCAUAGUUAUUUGAAUUUUCAUACAUUUUAAUAAAAAGUUAAUUUUGUAUAAUUACUUAUAAAGUGUAACGAAUAUUUAAUACGUGUAGUUGAUAUUCAUAGCAUAUACUCAAAUAAAAUUAUUUGGACUGAC